AUGACAAAACUACCCCUCCUCCCUUUCCUUCUCCUCCUUCUCUGUCUCGUUUCCUUCACCACCGGCGAGAUAAAAAAGCUCAAAAUCUCAUCGGAUCCACGUGCCAUGAUCCUAUUCGAGCGUUUCGGGUUUACACAUACGGGUCAAGCCUCAAUAACCGUUUCAUCAGUUUCCGUUAUAUCCACAUUAGCUACACCCGACCCGUCACGUCUCGGGUUUUUUCUAUUAUCCGAAGAAGCCUUAAUUCAAGUCCUUUUAGAAUUACAACAAAACCCUACAUUUUGUGUUCUUGAUUCGAAAUUCAUUAAUUUACUCUUCACUUUCCGUGAUCUUUCACCACCCCCACAUUCUUCAUUUAAUCGAUCUUAUCCUGUUACUUCACCUAAUGAAUAUUCACUUUUUUUCGCUAAUUGUGCACCUGAAUCUAAAGUAUCAAUGGAUGUACGUACGGAAUUAUAUAAUCUUGAUAAUCAAGUUAAAGAUUAUUUAUCUGCUGGUUUAACGCAGCUCCCCUCAUUAUAUUUUAUAUUUUCGUUCGUUUAUGUUGGGUUUUUAGGGUUAUGGUUGUCUGUAUGUUUGAAAAACAAGAAAUCUGUUCAUCGGAUUCAUAUGCUUAUGGCUGCGUUAGUUGUAAUGAAGGCUUUGAAUAUGAUUUUCGCGGCUGAGGAUAAACAUUAUGUUAAGGUUACUGGUACUGCUCAUGGUUGGGAUGUUUUGUUUUACUUUUUUCAGUCGAUUCGUGUUGUUUUGUUGUUUACGGUUAUUGUUUUGAUUGGUACUGGGUGGUCGUUUUUGAAGCCAUUUUUGCAAGAGAGGGAGAAGAAGGUUUUGAUGAUUGUGAUCCCACUUCAGGUUUUGGCUAACUUGGCGUCGAUUGUGAUUGGUGAAACGGGUCCGUUUAUUAGGGAUUGGGUUACUUGGAAUCAGGUGUUUUUGAUUGUUGAUAUCAUUUGUUGUUGUGCUAUUAUCUUUCCGAUUGUUUGGUCGAUUAGGUCGUUGAGGGAGACGUCGAAGACUGAUGGGAAGGCUGCGAGGAAUUUGUCGAAAUUGACUUUGUUUAGGCAGUUUUAUAUUGUGGUGAUCGGGUACUUGUACUUUACGAGGAUUGUUGUGUUUGCGUUGAGGACGAUUGCUGCUUAUAGGUACCAAUGGGUGGCAUAUGCUGCUGAGGAGAUCGCUAGUUUAGCGUUCUACAUUGUGAUGUUUUACAUGUUUAGGCCAGAGGAGAAGAACGAGUACUUUGUUCUUGACGAGGAGGAAGAAGAGGCUGCUGAGUUGGCUCUUCGGGACGAGGAGUUUGAGCUGUGAAGUUGAGGAGCCCUGUCAUUUUAUGCGGUUCGCAAGCAGCCUAACACUGUGAGUUCACUGAAGUUAUAAGUUAGGUUAGCUGGGAUGAAAUAUCAUUCACUGUUCCUUUUACUUUUUCAUUUUUAUUAAACAAUACUUUGGGUUGUAGUAAUAGCACUAUAAUCAUGGAAGUGCGGUUUCAUUUUUGGAUAUUGGAAGUUCUUUCAUUGUAAUUGUUAUGUAAACCUCAUUUUCGUUGAUAUAGUGCUUUGUCAUGA